GUUUUUUAUUUUUUUUUUAUUUUUUUUUGUGUCAAAUUUGUUUUUAUUUCUUACCAAAAAUUAUGUUGCGUUCAAUAAGCCGUAGAUUUUACAGUAGUGCACGCACACCUUCGCCUUCCACAUCUGCCUUGUCGUUCAAAAGUCAUAUCCGACAAAAGAAAUUUGGUCCUGUUCCCACUGCUGAAGAUGCCGUGCGAAAUAUAUUGCAUAAUACGCCGGGAGAAUCUGAACAUCAAGUCGUGCGACAUACACUUAGUUGUCUUGCACAGAACGAGCCCGGCGUUUUAAGUAAAGUUUCGAGCGUCUUGGCCAGUAGAAAUUUCAAUAUCGAAUCUAUGGUAGCUGCAGACACAGAGAUUCCAGAUCUUUCACGUAUGACAAUUGUAUUUAAAGGUGAAGACGUAAAAAUAGACCAAGCAAUGCGUCAAUUGGAAGAGUUAGUUCCUGUUUGGGCUGUGUUGGAUUAUACACAUACGAGAUUGAUUGAAAGAGAGCUAUUAUUGAUCAAAGUGUCCAUCCUUGGAUCAGAAAAUUUAAUUACAAAGUUCCACAACGAGGAUGGUUUAGAGGACCAAGCAAAACACGAAGAGGAUGAUUCAGAGCCAGAUAUUGCCUCACUUGAAAAAUCAGCGGCUACUGCUCUUCGGGCUACAUUUGAUCAUUUACGCGCUGUUAGUGAACUAGCCAAUUUGUUUGAAGGUAAUAUUGUCGAUGUUUCUUCUGAUUCUGUUGUGGUUCAAGUUUGCGCAAAAUCAGAUCGCAUCACAUCAUUCAUAAAACUGUGUAAACCUUUUGGUAUUAUUGAAGCUGCAAGAUCCGGAGUCAUGGCACUGCCUCGCGCGCCUUUGGAUGAUCCCACUGAUAUAGAUGGCCAAGAAGAAGAAGACGAAGCUGUUGAUCUUACAUCGCUUCCCCCUGGUUAAAUUUAACACUAUAAUAAAAUCAUUUCAAUAUCUUAUUGUACAGCUUUAAACAAAAAAAAAA